CUUAUACUAAAGGCGGUGGAAAAAAAAUCCUUAUAAAAGGCAAAAAGGAACAGCGUCGUACACAUUAGAAAAGGAGGAUAUUGAACUUAGAGGUCUCUAAAUACAGACACGAAGCUUCAAUCAGAUUGUUCGAUUUUCUUAGCAGAUCAAAAACAUGAGGCAUUCGGUAAAUCGUCCACCAACACCUGAUACACGGGAUGAUCAAGAAAAGGAACCUCCUGCCCUUAAGGAAAUUAUCAGCAUUAAGUUGAUUGAGAGUGGUGAAAAAGAACGAUUGAUGGAGCUUUUGAGGGAAAGGCUUGUUGAGUCUGGGUGGAAAGAUGAAAUGAAAGCUCUUUGUAGGGAACAUAUAAAGAAGAAAGGACGGAACAAUGUAACGAUUGAUGACCUUGUACAUGUGAUUACCCCGAAAGGCAGAGCUUCAAUUCCUGAUCCGAUCAAAGCUGAGCUGCUACAGAGAAUUCGUACGUUUCUUGUGUCUGCCACCCCUCUUUGAUUCAACAGCUUCAUGCAUGAAUAGGUAGCAGUAUAGGUGAAGAUAUGGCGUUAUGUUUAACUCAUUCAUCUUCGAGCAUCACUUAUCUAGACUGACCACGACGAGGCAGUGAGGAGCCGUACGAGAAGAUGUGUUAUUGGCAGUUUGCUUGUACCAACUUCCAUUGAACUGAGUAAAUUUGGUAUUUGGUGGUAGUCUACGUUGAGGGCCCGAGUUGAGAGUUUGACCACUGCAUCGCCCUCACCUUUUAGUGUCUAAAUUAUCUGUUUUCUGAUUGUCCCUGGUCUUUACUCUUUAGGAAAGAGUAAUUUGUAUUGCAUUUACCUAUUCAGCAGAUCGCCCCUCUGUUUUUUUAACUUUAUUGGUGUAUGUACUGGGGGAUUGGUGAAGGCCUGUUAAAUGUGUGUUUUAUCUAGCUUGGUUUACUCACAGCCAUAAAGAGUUAGGUUCUGCA